AUAGCUGAAUCUGCAGUACCAUGACCCUACCCCCCUUGCCAUAUUUCCCACAUAUCACAAGUUGCUUUUGUUUGUUUUACAGUGAGGCGUUAUAACUGUGUCAGGUUUACUUGGUUCAAAGAAGAACAGUUUAGGGAGAAAGACGAGAAAGGGGACGUCUGGGAGUAAUUCGGCACAGACAGGGAGUGCUUUGUGCCUUGGUGAAGUUUUGGAUGAGGAAGGGAUUAGGUGAAGGGCAACCAGGUCUCAAAACUAUAAACAAAUCUGAUUUACAGGGAGUUAGGUUUUUUAGUUCAUCAGUGGGUUACUUUUUUAGUUAUGGAAAGCAGAUUUUGUGGUGUCUCGUUGUCACGCUCUGUUUAAACUGUAAGGUUCCCUGCUGAUUAAUAUAUGUUAUUGAGAGAACAUCAGAGCAGGAAAAAGUUUCAUAGCACAAGGAUUUAACUGAAAAGGAAUAUAGUUAAACCUCUCACCAACCAGGACUUUCCAGAAGAUAAGAGAUACUGUUUGCAUUUUAGCUGUGGUUAUUAUUGAUUAGAGGCAUCCUAAGCCUAAGGAAGAUAAUGAGUCAAUUUAUUUGAUUUGAUCCUUUUAACCAUUGUCAAUCCUUACGCCUGUUUCCAGAUAGAGACGACCUUUGAUAACCUGUUGAUCGAGCUACGCUUUGGUAUUCUUGGGAGCACGCAGCUGAUACUGGCUGUUGUGCAGUUGUACACAGAGUGCAAUAAAAAAGAAACUCAGUAAUAUGGUAGACAAACGUUUAAACAGUAGUUAUAACAUAUAACAUAUUAUGGUGCCUCUAUCCUUAAAGAGGAUUAUCAGAUAACUCAAACAAGCAUCUGUGACAAAGACAACUGAUAUUGGUUGAAUUGUUGUCUUUUAUCAAUGACCUUUAUAUAGAUCCACCACAGCUGGGCUCUGGACAGUAGAUUUAUAAGGGGUUGCAUUACUAAAAGAAAAAGUCAAGUCGAUGAAUAGUAAACCCUAAGGUACUAAACUGAUGGACUAGUCCAGCACACCCUGGGGCAUGAGCUAGCUGCAGGAAUGUCUCCCUUCAGUUUGUUUUCUUUGCAGAUUGAACUCAGAUGUUCAGAACAGUGUGGAUAGGCUUUGGAUGAUUCAUGAUUAGAGUCGAUCUAGAAGAUAACUCAAAAUGAGUGCCAUUGAUAUAACUGAGAUCCUGGAUUACUUGGACGAGAUGAACUUAACGGAAGAAGGUGUAGAUAAUUCUUUCAGCAACAGUGGGGAGCACAACUUCAUAGAGACGCUGGUGUGCCCUCACAGCUUCAACAAGAGUGCAGUCCUGUACAGCCUGUCCCUGUUCUACAUCUUCAUCUUCAUUAUUGGCCUGGUGGCCAACUCUGUGGUGGUGUGGGUGAACCUGCGUGCUGAGAGGAACCGCUACGAGACACACCUGUACAUCCUGAACCUGGCCAUCGCCGACCUCUGUGUUGUGGCCACCCUCCCCAUAUGGGUGGUCUCCCUGAUCCAGCAUGGCCACUGGCCCUUCGGUGAGGUGAUGUGCAAGAUCACCCAUCUGAUCUUCAGUGUCAACCUCUUUGGGAGCAUUUUCUUCCUCACCUGCAUGAGUGUCGACCGUUACAUCUCUGUGGUCCUCUUUGGGGACUCCAACAGCCGCAAGAAGAAAGUGGUCCGUAGACUCAUCUGUAUCUUCGUGUGGCUACUUGCCUUGGUAGCCUCCAUCCCUGAUACCUACUACCUCAAAACAGGGACCAACCCAAUCAGUGAGGAAAUCUCCUGCCGUCCUGCUUACCCAGGGCACAGUUUCAAGGAGUGGAUUGUUGGGAUCCAGCUCAGCUUCAUUGUCUUGGGCUUUGCCAUCCCGUUCCCCAUCAUCGCUAUCUUCUACAUCCUCUUGGCCAGGGUCAUCUCUUCCUCCAGUGACCAAGAAAGGAGGAUCAGUCGCAAAAUCAUCUUCACGUACAUCGUGGUCUUCCUGGUCUGCUGGCUGCCCUAUCACGCCAUGCUUCUGAUAGACGCCUUGUCCCUCCUCAACAUGAUACCGUUCAGCUGCGAACUGGAGAACUUCUUGUACGUGGCCUUGCACUUCACUCAGUGCUUCUCGCUCAUUCACUGCUGCGUAAACCCUGUCAUUUAUAACUUCAUCAACAAGAACUACAGGUAUGAUCUCAUGAAGGCUUUUAUAUUCAAGUACUCCACCAAAACUGGCCUGGCCAAGCUCAUCGAUGCCUCCAAGGUAUCUGAGACAGAGUACUCGGCAGUGGAGAACAACCAACCAUUGUGAGAUCCAUUGUCCACUCUGGAAAGACCUUAAAGCACAGUAACUUUGGAAAGUCACAAAACAUAUUUACAGUGUGCUAGAUUUUUUUUUUUUCAUGAUUGAACGUGAUCACUUUUGUACAAUUUUAAUAAGCAGAAGUGUUAUAAUGAUCAGUGAUGCAUAAUUGUGGCAACCUAUAAAGAAACACUGUAAAAGAUGUAAGAACCAAAUUUAAAUAUGCUCUGUUUUGUUUUUUAAUAUAAGUAUUAAUAGCAAUUCUGAAUGACAAGUAAAUGACAUUUGCUCCAAAACUAACAUGCUGUCCAGGUGGACUUUACAUUUCUGAUUACACUGGGGACAAAGGAGCAAGCAAUUGGCAUUAAGUUCUCAUAGUUUAUAUUUACAGUAGCUGCUCUUGGUAUCGCACAAAUGGGGAAGAGCAGAAUUGGAGUGAAGACUAUAUGGACGUUCUCAUCAAGCAUCAUUGUAAGCUGAUAGAUCAGUAACUUAUUGAUCAUGCCAUUUAAUCUAUUGAAAAUACCAUUUAAUCUAUGAAAUAAAGCUUUUAUGGCCAGCCAAGGCAAAGUAUAGUUUCCAAAACAGACAAUUAAAACAAAAAUGUUCACAGUUUUAGGACGGACACAGUCGUGUUUUCUAUUUUUUUUUUUUUUAAAUGUUGCUUAGUGUAUAUUUAAUAGGAGC